UGUUGAUAUGUUAUGUUGACGUAUAUAUGGCAGCACGUGUGUUGUUUGUCUGUGUCCGUUAUUGUAAUAUGAAUUAAGAUCUUUCACACUUUAUGUGAGAUCAGAAUUAUGAAUCGGAAAUGGGCGCAUAUAUAUUAUGGUUUCAGCUUAACAUCAGCAAAAAAAACCUGGCAGCAAGAAAGUGAUAUUUAAUUUUUCUUAAUGUAGCUUGUUUACAAACAGCAUUGAUACAAAUUUCAGAAAUAUUGUCAGACCGGCCGAGAGCCUGGUUGGACAUGCUACAGAUUUGAACGGGAUGCAUUAGAUUAAUGAGGGAGUUGUCGUUCAUACAUAGCGAGAUUUGAUGUGAACAUUCUCUGGUUACUAAUUUUCAAGAACUCUUCUUCUGAACUGAAGUUAGCCUGGUAUUGUGGUCAUAUGUUGAAUUUAUCCUGUUGAUUGUCAGCAGCUUGGCUGGAAGUGAUUUUAGUGAAGUGCUACUAGAAAAGCAGACAGUUGUCCCUCCCAUUAUGGAAGUGGAUGAGGCUUCUGAUGGAACCCACGCUCAGCGCUCCAAGGAAAAUAUGAUGAAAAUAGGUGACUAUGUAGUCAUACAGAGGAAGAAUUAUUCAAAAAUUCACAAAAUUUCCAACAAAUUGUCAGUGAUGAUUGGAAACAACCAAUUGGAACUGGAUAACAUCAUUGGACGACCUUUUUCCACAACCUUCAGAAUGGUGCCAAAGGAAAAGAAAAGAAAUGUUUUUGUGUUGGAGGAGUGUAGCAAGGCUGAAAGCCUUGUUGAAAAGCUUAUAAAGGAUGUUGCCAGUGGAACAGACAAUAGAAAUAUAGUUAGUGAUAACAGUUCUCAAAAAUUAUCCAAGGAGGAGAUUGUCAGCUUGCGUGAUAGUGGAAUGUCUGGUUGUGACAUAGUAAGUCAGCUUUUAGAGAACAGUAAAACAUUUCAGGAGAAAACUGAGUAUUCUCAAAAGAAAUAUUUAAGUAAGAAAGAAAAGAAGUAUUUUGAUUAUGUGUUAAUUAGGAAACCUACUCUACGAUUGGUAUGUGACAUAAUUUAUAAACAAGACCCUAUGAAAAUAAUAGGUUUGCGUUGUGACACACUCUCUCAACUGAUUACUGGUGUAGGUGUCAGUUCAGGUGGGACAUACAUAGUUUAUGAAAGCUCCUGUGAGGGAUUACCGACAGCAGCACUUCUCAAUUAUUUAGGUGACGAUGGGUAUUUAGUACAUACUUUCCCAGGAAUGACACCUCCAAGACAGGCAAUUUUUGCUAUGAAUUAUAGUGAGUCCCAGAAAAAGCGACUAAUCAGUGUUAGUAUCAUGAGUCUCAUGGAAAAAUUAAAUAAAAAAGUUGCUAUUGAAAGUAGUACUAGUCAUUCACAGACAGGAGACCAUGUACAACAAAAUAUUAAUAACGGAGGGGAAAGUGGUCAUUCGGAACUUACAGGUGUCACUGCUUUUAUGUCUAAUAGCUGUGGCGCAGUGAUGAAUGAGGAAAGUGGAAGGCAUGUAGACGUGUGUCCUGAUACAAAUUUGAAGCAGAGUGUAGAAGAAACAGAGUUCAGUAGGAAUGACCUUUUAACAGGGGAUCAGCUGUCAUGUGAUAGAUCAGAUGAAAAUAAUCAUUUUAUUUUGAAUUCAGGUGAUAUUAGGUUAGAUGAUUCAGGGAGUGGAGUCACGCAUCAGACCUUAACAUCAAGUAAUGACGGCCGAAAGGAAGAAAGAAUUUUUCAUGACCUUAAAAGAAAAAAUGCAGUCUCUGAAUUGAACGAAGUAAAGAAACCACGUUGGGAGAUGGAUUUAGACAGAGCUGUGGAUUUGCUGUCACCACAAAAUGUUGACGGUCUAGUUGUUGUUGGACGUGAAGAUCCAGCUGACAUAGUUUUACCGUUGCUACCAUACCUCGCUCCAUCAAGAAAUUUUGCUGUAUAUUCCUGGUGUCGUGAGCCUUUAGUUGAACUUUAUAUCAAAUUAAAGAAGGAUGGUGGUGUCAUUAACGCUCACCUUACAGAAACAUUCUUUCGGACUCAUCAGGUUCUUCCCAACAGAACACAUCCUGAUAUUCAGAUGAGUGGAAGUGGAGGCUAUAUAUUAUUGGGAACAGUAGUGCUUCAGCAUUCACCAAAAGAAAAAAAUAAUUAAUUUUAGUAUUUUUUGACGAAAAACUUUAUAUUCAGUGGUGGUGUUAAAUGUUGAAUCAAUACAUCCACUCUUUUUCAUUUUUGAUUUUACCUAUUUGUAUUGAGAAGAACUAGCUAACAGUUUUAUAUGUUCUUGAGACAUCUCAUAUCCACAGCAUGCUCUAGAUAAUUAAAAUGUUAAAAUAAUUCUCUAAAGAAAUAUAUUUUUGUGACAAAAUAUUUCCUUUUCUUGUACAUCAAGCAUAUUGGAAAAAUAUUUUUUAAACGAUUUUACCUUUCUUAGUAAAUGAAGAUCUUGUAGUACAUGAAAUAAAUGGUAGUUACUACUGGAAUGUCAUUUAUCUGAGUUUUCAAGCUAUGUAGUUGAGUUUAUGCUGUUUUGUUUGCACGAUAAAAAUUUCAUAUUAAAUUAACUUACCAAUAUCCUCACCAGUGCUCAUUACACUGUCAUGUGCUUUAGCUGAAAGAAAGUGUUUUUUGAGACAUCCCCACAUUGAUCCUCUACAUUUGAAUAAUAUGUGCUUGUAAAGUUUUUUAUUCAUUGGUUUGCAGCACCUAUGUUUACCUGUGCUUCGCUGCAUUAUUUUUUUUUAGUAAUUGCACAACAUGGUAUGGACAAGCCUUUUUCCCCUUUCAUUUAAAGUUGUAUAAUAGUCUAACCUACAUGUAUACCCUGUUUGGAAUUGCUUAUAAUAUCAAGAAAGUGUUCUUUAACAUUUUACACUUCUCUUAGUCUUUUCUUCUUUUCCUAUUCUUGGUAGCACAAUUAGUAUUCUCAUUUACUGACUUACAACAACUGAUGCAUCUUGAUCAGCAUGAAUGCUGUUUCCUUUAUCAUCUACAUACAUACUCCACAAGUCAGCAUAUGGUACAUGGCAGACUACUGCUAGUAAUUCAUUUUCCUAUUCCACUUGCAAAUGGAGCAAAGGAAAAAACAACUGUUUAUGUGCUUCCAUAUGACCCUUGAUUUUUCUAAUCUUGCCUUUGUGAUCCUUACAUGAGAUGGAAGGUGCUGGCAGUAGGACUUUACUGCACUCUGUUGCAAAUGCAGUUCCUCUAAUAUUUUUCAACAUGUUUCACAAAAAUAACAUCAUAUUCCCUCCAGAGAUUCCCCGUUGAGUUCACAUAGUAUUUCUGUAAUAUUUCAUGAUGAAAUAUAACCAUUACAAAUCUAACAACAUGCAUCUGAAUUGUUUUGAUGUCUUCAUUUAAUGUGACCUAGUGGGGAUCUUAAAAACUCAAGCAUUAUUCAUGAAUGAGUUGCAGAAGUGCCCUGUAUGCAGUUUCCUUUGUAGAUGAGGUACACUUUUCUAGAAUUCUCCCAAUUAACCAAAGUUGACCAAUUGCAUUCCCGAUAACCUACCUUACAUGUUCAUUUCACUUUUUAACUUUGCAGUCAUCAUCAUCAUCAGCAACAGCAUUUGAAUAAGAGUAAAUAUCUGGGAGAGGAGUUAGUAGUAAUCAUGAUUGAAUAUAUGCACUGAGAAAUGCCAAAGAUAAUGUUAUUUAGUUUUAAAUCACUUCAGAUUGAGACAGUUUUGUAUUAUUUUAAUUUUGUUCUAUGAUUUCUGAUUUUAUGUCCGUUUGCAUGUUACUUAAAAUAUGUAUAUUUGAGUACAUAUUACCUGUCUUCAUCAGCAGAUGAUGGAACAAUGCUCAUAACAUGGCUAAAUAUCAUAUGUGUGUGAGAAAUCACUGUUGCUGUCUGUUGUGUCCACUACAUUGUUAAGACAUACCACAAAAAGAGAAUACAAAGGAGCUUUAGCACAAUAGUGUACAUUUCAAAUGCCUGUCCACACAUGCCACCCACAUCUUCAUCUGAGAUUCACAACCCAUGAUAUUGUUUGGAGUGGAAGGUGUGUUAUUUUGUCCCCUUUCUAUUCCACCUGCAUAUGUCUGUGGAAAGACCGCUGAUAUGCCACAAUAUAAGCCUAAAUUUGCCCAUCUUGAUUCUCAUGUGUUUAUGGGAGACGAGAGAUUUCCCAUAAAGAUAAUUCUGUGGACAAUUGAAGAGAAGGCAGGGGAUAUGCUGAGGAAGAUCAGUUUGGAUUCAGGAUCAAAGAAACAGUUAUGACACUGAGGCUUCUUAUCGGAAAGCAAAUGCAGAAAAUUAAACCAACUUACAUUGUUUUUGUAGAUAUGGGAAAGGGAUUUGAUAAUGUUAUCUGGCAAGAGAUGUUAAGAGUGCUGAAGAAAGCAGGUAAAAAAUACACAGACAUGCGGAUGAUACUCAGUUUCUUUAAGAAUGAAAUGGCUGGAUUAUGAAUUUUCAUCAGAAACAAGAAGCAAAAAUUGGUAUGAGACAAUGAUGUGCUCUCUCUCCUCUUUAUGUUCAGUGCCUACACCCAGAAAGCUGUAGACCAAGUUUGCAAAACUAUUGAGUGGAAGACAAAACUAAUGGACAGAAGAUAAGACAUACUGCAUUAUGCAAAUGGUAUUGCUGUAGUCACAAGACAAAAGGUCUAGAGAUCAUUCUCAGCACAAUGGAAAGGAUUUUAUGUAAUCAUUGUGGUAUGGUAUGAGAAUAAAGACUAAAGUGAUGGUAUUAUGUGGUAACUAUAUCUUGGCACUUUUAGGUGGGGAAUCUUUUGAACUGUAGUUGCAUAAGGUACUCGUAGAGGUCUCACCUUUACUACCACUGCUGUCUGCUGCAAACAAUUGUGCUGUAGCCAGUACCAAAUGCUUCGUGUACUCCAGUUUGUGUUGUGGAUUGCUUGUUUUCUUUUCUUAUUUUGAAAUGAGUGAAGAGACUAAUCCUGGUGCAUAAAGGGAUUUGAAUGUGACUCUCAUAAUAACAAAAGGAAUCAGCGAUCCCUAUGACUAUUAUGUGAGUUCUGCUUUCAUGGAAGCACAACGUAGAUGUAGGAUGGAGCACUUCUAGAGGGAGGCAGGGCUUAUUCCCCUGCACCUCUCCUCCCCUUGGGCAGUCAUAGUUCUUGUUUGAGUACAGUCACAGCCAACUGCCACAAUAUGUUGUCUACAUAAUAUGCAGUACGGAAGAAGAAUAUGAACCUUUAAGAAUAAGAAUUGGAAGAGAGGACCUAGAAGUGAUAGGUAAUAUUUGGGAAUUAGGGUCACAAGGGAAGGUAAAAGCUGGAAAGAAACUGUAAGCAGAAUACAGCAGGUCAAAAUUGCAGUUAAUGUGAGAAAGAACUUACUCACCAGUGGAGUAUGGCCCCUACAUGAGUGUGAAACUUGGAUUAUAGGAAAACGAGAGAGAAUACGACUAGAAGCCAUGGAGAUUUGGUGCUGCAGAAGGAUGAUGAGGAUCGGCUGGAGAGAGAGUUAUCGAUAAAUAGGUUCUGAGAAGAGUGCAGGGAACCAAAUUUCUGUGUAGGCGCACCCAAACAUAAAGAGAGAAACUUGUAGGACACAUUUUAAGACACAGUGUCAAACAUCGUCUUUCAAUAAAUAGAAGGAGCUACUGAGGGAAGAAAUCACUGGGGAUGACCAAGGAUGUUAUACAUGGUGCAGGUGAUUAAUGAUGUGUGAUGCAGUACAUAUUUGGAAAUGAAGAGAAAGGCAGACAGAAGAGGGGAAUGGUGCAAUGCUGCAAACCAUCUUCAGCACUGAACACUAAAGAGAGAGAGAUAACUGGGAAGUAAUAAGUUUCUCGGCUUGUUCUGGAAUUUGCUCUAGAACUUCAAGAGAUGCCUUUCACUGAGGCACAAUGUGUCUCGUGUAUUGUUUCCCACAGAGUGAUGAUAAAUUGUGGGCUGUCAAAUCAGACCUGUGGUGAAUUGAACAGUUUGUUUUUAAUCUCUUCUAUUAAUUGAUCCAGUGAAGAACUUAAAUAUGCUAAGUGAGGAAGCUGGUUUGCUGGCCCAGAAUA